AUGGGUGCCGCCAACCGGAAGCUGCGGGGGCAGGUAACUGCGUCGAUCGCGGGCCUCAGCGUGAGCGAAAAUGCCGGAUUGGACACCCUUGGACAGCAACGGAUCGUGCGUCUCCGCCGUCCUCUUGGGAGAGCACGCACAUCAGUGGACGCCGAGCAGCCGGCUGUCCUCACAGGACAUCCACGGAUCGAUUGGGCUGGUGCAUGCACACGUCGUCCUUUUCCAUGCGAGAAAGCCGAAAGCGCUCGUUUUGGCGGAGUCCGGCGAGCUGGUACCCAGUGCAAGAACCGUCGGUCGCUCCUGGACCGCGACCGCGACAGCACGGUCGCGCACAACGCCACUAGCGGCGCCUGUCCGAGCGGCGAGCGGAUGGAGAGAAAAGGAGAAAGCAGACCGGCGGUGGCGACUGUCUUGGUGCCGGCGGCGCUUAGCUCCGGCCUUCGGCGCGGCGUCGGCUUCGAUGCGCACGGGUGCUCUGUGCUAACCGCACGCGGCUCCAGUGCGGGAAGCUCCGGGCAGCGGGGUGGCGGCGGGAAGGCCCCGUUGCCCGUGGGUCGUGGUGGCGAGCUCCGGCGGCUGGCUGCUGUGGGUGGAGUCGCACGGUGGUGCGACGCAGCUCCGGCGGAGGUAGCUUCGGCGAGCCAGGGCGAGUGCGUCUCCGGCGGCGUAGGGCGUCGACGCUGGAGUGCUAGGCAGCAGCGUCCGAGGCAAGGACAGGCGCUGGGCUUGAGCUCCGAGCUGCCUGGGACGAGGCUGUACCACCGCAGGCCUGCCCAGGACAUUGAUGGAAAAGAUGUUCCUCUUAAAAAGUUCAAGAAUAAGGUGUUGUUGAUUGUUAACGUUGCUUCUCAAUGUGGGUUGACAACAGCAAAUUACACUGAACUAUCUCAUAUCUAUGAGAAGUACAAGACUCAAGGGUUUGAGAUUCUGGCAUUUCCUUGCAAUCAAUUUGGUACACAAGAACCUGGAUCAAAUACUCAGAUUAAGCAGUUUGCAUGUACAAGAUUCAAAGCUGAAUUUCCUAUUUUUGACAAGGUUGAUGUCAAUGGACCUAAUACAGCCCCCAUCUAUAAAUUUCUGAAGUCCAGUGCUGGAGGAUUUUUGGGUGAUCUAGUCAAGUGGAAUUUUGAGAAGUUCUUAGUGGACAAGAAUGGCAAAGUUAUUGAGAGAUAUCCACCAACAACUUCACCAUUCCAGAUUGAGUGUUAUCAAUCAUUCAUUUCCCUAUUAAGUAGUGAUCUUGUGAGCAUAUCAUGUGUCAAUUAA